CGCUGUCGGCGUGAACGGCGCCCGCAUGUCACUGACCGCGCACGGCGGGAGCCUCCUCCGGCGCUCGCAUCUCAGCGGGAUGAGGACGCCGUUGCCCGACCAACGGGAUCCUUAACCACGGCGCACACCACGCGCCGUUUUGCUCUGACCCGAUUACGAGCAUAUCUGUGCCUCGGCCGAGAGCUCUCGACGCUUCGCCCUCCGUCGUCACGGUGCAACGUAACAGCGACGCUUAUCUUUCGUACAGCGUUGCCGAGGAACGCACCCCCUCUGAAGGUCUGCAAACAAGUAAGAGCGACUCCGAGUUCGUGCAGCGGCGACGUGGUUGAAGGCGAGAAAAACAAAAAACAAAGAAAGGGGGCUUUGCGGUUAGCUGAAUGGAAUCUGCAUAACAGGUUAGGCGCGCGGUGCAAUUUUGACGGCUUUCUUCUACGACUCCGUCGGGUGCACCCCUCGAGGUAUUUUGCUGCUCCGCUCGCCGGCGUUAAUAGGAGACAACUAUACGCCCGAUACUGAGGGCGGUCAAGUGCAAGCGCCGAGUGCAAGUCUGGCUGCCCGUGCGCGUGUCUACCGAAGUAUCGCCGCCGACUCUGCCCGUACGACGUGAGUAAACGAGUGGCGAUAUGGAGAAACGGCUGCGCCAGCAUUGCUUUGGUUGAAUGGGAGAUCCAGCGACUCGACCGAGCCGUGAAACUUGGAUCGGCUGUUUCAUCCGGCUGCUCGCAUCGCACGGCGACCAGUGUGACCCGUCGCUCUACUUGUUCCUCCGCUGGCUGGCAGUCCUGCUGUUCCGUUCCAUUCUGAGCCAGAUGAUGCCCUCUGCGACUGAUGGCAACGCCAGCUUCCUACGGGCUGCUCGUGCUGGGAAUCUGGAAAAGGUGUUGGAUUACCUCAAGGGCAGUAUAGACAUCAACACAAGCAAUGCAAAUGGGCUCAAUGCACUUCAUCUGGCUGCUAAGGAAGGCCACGUCAACGUGGUUAGUGAACUGCUCAAGCGUGGAGCUAAUGUCAAUGCUACCACGAAGAAAGGCAACAGUGCUCUGCACAUAGCGUCGCUGGCAGGCCAAGAGGAGGUGGUGAAGCUGCUGGUGCAGAAGCAAGCCAAUGUCAACGUGCAGUCACAGAAUGGCUUCACACCUUUGUACAUGGCCGCCCAGGAGAACCAUGAUGGAGUGGUUCGUUUCCUCCUGGCCAAUGGCGCCAAUCAGAGCCUCGCCACAGAAGAUGGCUUUACCCCCCUGGCAGUGGCAUUGCAACAGGGGCAUGACAAGGUGGUGGCAGUUCUUCUCGAGAAUGAUGCUCGGGGAAAAGUUCGCUUACCAGCCCUGCACAUUGCUUCCAAAAAGGACGACUGCAAAGCAGCUGCCCUGCUGCUACACAGCGAACACAAUCCUGAUGUCACUUCAAAGAGUGGGUUCACUCCACUUCACAUAGCUGCUCAUUAUGGCAACAGUAACAUUGCAUCUCUCCUACUGGAAAAGGGAGCUGAUGUUAACUUUCCAGCUAAGCACCAAAUAACACCCUUACAUGUGGCUGCAAAAUGGGGAAAAAGCAACAUGGUGAAGUUGUUGCUUGAAAAGGGAGCAAAAAUUGAUGCCUCCACAAGGGAUGGGCUAACACCAUUGCACUGCGCAGCCCGUAGUGGCCAUGACCAAGUAGUUGAGCAACUGCUUGAGAAGAAUGCUCCCAUUACAGCCAAGACCAAGAAUGGCCUUGCUCCUCUACACAUGGCAUCACAAGGUGACCAUGUAGACAGUGCUCGCAUCCUACUUUAUCAUAAGGCUCCAGUGGAUGAUGUCACCGUUGACUACCUGACAGCACUUCAUGUGGCUGCACAUUGUGGCCAUGUUGGAGUAGCAAAGCUACUGCUGGACCGCCGAGCAGACCCCAACGCACGUGCCCUGAAUGGAUUUACUCCUCUACACAUAGCAUGCAAAAAGAAUCGCAUCAAGGUAGUUGAGCUGCUCCUCAAGCAUGGUGCUUCCAUCGAGGCAACCACAGAGUCCGGGCUGACACCCUUGCAUGUGGCUUCAUUCAUGGGCUGCAUGAACAUUGUCAUCUACCUGAUUCAACAUGGAGCCAAUCCAGACAUCCCCACCGUCAGGGGAGAAACACCCCUGCACUUGGCUGCCCGUGCCAACCAGACGGACAUCAUUCGCAUUCUCCUUCGCAAUGGGGCACAUGUGGAUGCCAAAGCCAGGGAACUGCAGACAGCACUGCACAUAGCUUCACGACUAGGAAAUGCUGACAUGGUGGGACUGCUCCUGCAGCAUGGGGCUGCAGUGGAUGCUCCCACCAAGGAUGCUUACACUCCUCUGCAUGUAGCAGCCCGUGAGGGUCAAGACGAAGUGGCUGCUCUUCUUCUUGACCAUGGGGCUGCUCUUGCUGCACCAACAAAGAAAGGAUUCACCCCACUCCAUUUGGCAGCCAAAUAUGGCAACCUUAAAGUGGCCCAGCUGCUGCUCCAAAAAGAUGCCCCCGUAGAUGCCCAGGGCAAGAAUGGAGUGACACCUCUUCAUGUGGCUGCACAUUACGACCAUGUCAAUGUGGCCCUCUUACUUUUGGAGAAAGGUGCCUCGCCCCACUCGGCAGCACGCAAUGGGUAUACACCACUACACGUAGCAGCACGCAAAGACCAGAUGGACAUAGCCAGCAGCCUAUUGGAGUACGGAGCCAAGCCGGGAGCUGAGUCACGGGCGGGCUUCACACCUCUGCACUUGGCAGCUCAAGAAGGCCAUGCCGACCUGGCUGCGUUGCUGGUUGAGCAUGGAGCUGACUGUGAUGCCAAGGCCAAGAAUGGGCUGACACCCAUGCACCUGUGCGCUCAAGAGGACAGGGUGGAAGUGGCAACUAUUCUGGCUAAGCAUGGUGCCUCCCUGGAUCCAACGACCAAGGCUGGCUACACUCCAUUGCAUGUGGCAUGUCAUUUUGGACAGACCAACAUGAUUCGCUUUCUGCUGCGUCAGGGUGCCAACGUGAAUGCCACAACAUCACAUGGCUACACACCCCUGCACCAGGCAGCUCAACAAGGGCAUACACUUAUCAUCAACCUGCUGCUUGAACACAGAGCAGCUCCUAAUGCCAUUACCAACCAAGGGCAGACUGCACUGGCCAUAGCGCAGCGUCUAGGCUACAUAUCUGUGGUGGAAACACUGAAGGUAGUAACAGAAACCAUUGUGACCACUACUACAACAACUGUGACAGAAGAAAAGUAUCGUGUGGUUGCCCCAGAAACUAUGCAUGAAACUUUCAUGAGUGACUCCGAAGAUGAAGCUGCUGAGGACAACAUGCUGGGUGACCAGUCCUUCCGGUAUCUGACAGCCGAUGAAAUGAAGUCACUUGGUGAUGAUUCUUUGCCGAUUGAUGUCACAAGAGAUGAACGCAUCACCGAAUCUAUCCACAUCAUGCGAGAACCAGGGCAUUCUGCACCUCUGACGCAAGAAGAAGAACGCUUGUCACCAACGCAGGCCCAUACCACGGAAGCUGUUUUUGUUGGCAACUAUGCACCAGACAACGUGGACCUAUCCCGGACACCUAUUCACGCUGGCUCCCUGCUUAGUUGGGACGGUGAUUCCUGCUCCUCUGCCUACGUCCUGUCGCCCACAAAACGCAUGUGGCGCGAAAGUAGCAAGCUAAAGUGGAAGACGUUUCUUGUAAGCUUCAUGGUGGAUGCGCGGGGCGGCGCCAUGCGUGGCUGCCGACACUCUGGUGUUAGGGUGAUCAUCCCGCCUCGCAAGGCACAAAUGCCUAUGCGUAUUACUUGUCGUUACCUGCGCAAGGAGAAGCUUCCUCACCCACCUCCACUGCUUGAAGGAGAAGCUUGUGCCUCUCGCAUCCUUGAGGUCGGGCCUGCAGGAGCCAAGUUCCUUGGGCCAGUGAUCCUGGAAGUGCCUCACUUUGCAUCACUGCGAGGCAAAGAGCGAGAGAUAAGCAUCCUGCGCAGUGACAACGGAGAAACAUGGAAAGAGCACACUCUUGAGGCUUCUGAGGAAGCUGUUCAAGAAGUUUUAAAUGAGAGCUUUGAAGGCGAAGAACUGAGUGCCUUGGAGGACCUGCAGACGAACCGUAUUGUGCGAAUCCUGACUACGGACUUCCCACAGUACUUUGCGGUGGUGAGCCGGACUCGACAGGAGGUGCAUGCGGUGGGUCCCGAAGGAGGCCUUCUCAGCUCCACAGUGGUGCCCCAGGUCCAAGCCAUCUUCCCCGAGGGUGCCCUCACCAAGAAGAUCCGCGUGGGCCUCCAGGCCCAGCCAAUUCCUGCAGAGCUGGUGACCAAGCUUUUGGGCCAUCGUGUGGCAGUGAGCCCUAUUGUAACUGUGGAGCCUCGGCGCCGCAAGUUUCACAAGCCAAUAACUUUAACCAUUCCUGUGCCACAAGCAGCAACCAAAGGCAUGAUCAACCAAUAUGCUGGUGAUGCACCCACUCUGCGCCUACUGUGCAGCAUAACAGCCAGUCGAAGGCAUGGCCAAUUGACUGGGGAGUACAGGCUCGAAGCAGGUGGUACAAACAAGGCUCAGUGGGAAGAUGUGACUGGGUCAACGCCACUUACUUUUGUCAACGACUGUGUUUCAUUCACGACAACAGUCUCAGCCAGGUUUUGGCUGAUGGACUGCCGGCAAGUGAGUGAAGCAACCAAGUUUGCUACAGAGCUUUAUGCAGAAGCAAUGCACGUACCAUUCAUGGCGAAGUUCGUGGUUUUUGCCAAGCGUCUAGACCCAAUGGAAGCCCAGCUUCGUGUUUUCUGCAUGACAGAUGACAAAGAGGACAAAACUUUAGAAAGUCAAGAGCACUUCACUGAGGUGGCCAAGAGUCGUGAUGUUGAGGUGCUGGAGAAGAAAAGUCAGUACCUGGAGUUUGGAGGCAAUUUGGUUCCUGUGACUAAGUCGGGCGAGCAGCUGCAGCUCCAGUUCCAGGCCUUCCGAGAGAACAGACUGCCAUUUUCUGUCCGUGUUAAGGAUCCUCACCAGGAGCCUCUUGGACGGCUUGCGUUCAUGCGUCAGCCGCGGGCUGCUCGUGCCACAGAACCCCCUCAGGCACCUCUCUGCAACCUCAACAUUGCCUUACCGGAGUAUGAAGCCACACAGAACCUCUCGGAGCUGGUUACUCUCGAGAAGAAGUAUGGCUUUGUUGAAGAGACUGGACUGGCAAAGCCUGAGCUGAUCCACCGUGCAGAUUUGAGGCUCUCCGACAUUGCACGAGAGUUGGGGUCAGACUGGCCAGCCUUGGCAGCACAACUAGAUGUGCCAGAGCAAGAUGUGGCAUCCAUUCGCACAGAAUGCCCCAGUGACCUGGCUCAGCAAGCACUGUUAAUGCUCCGACUGUGGAUGAAGAGGGCUGGUGGCCGGGCCACAGGAAACAACCUGGAGAAAGGACUGCGGAUGAUCAACCGUGAAGAUAUUGUCAACAAAUGCAUGUUCAAUGUAGAGCUUGUGACUGAUGAUGUUGAAAAAGCUGUUGCCAAAGUUCACCUUGACCAGUCCGGGUUCGACACUUUCCGUGAGGAACUGGGGACUCCCAAAGACACAUCACUGAAGAGGGAUGCUUCCUUGGACGUCUCUUACGACGAGCAAGACCUCAUGAAGGAGGCCGAGUCGGCGGAGGAGACGAGUAGCGAGACUGGAUCGGUCCAUGAGAAGCACACAGGUUCUGAGGCUAAGGGAACCAGCAAGGCCGUUCCAGGAGUCAGGAAAGGAUCUCCAAUAUCAGCGGCAAUUGGUCGCAUUGUGCGAGGAAGUUCAAAGGAGAAGGCAGCUCCCCGGAUGGCUGUCGAAGAGACUUUCGAAGAAGAACCUGUCUUGAAGACUGAUUCUGCAGAGGUCACUCAACAGGCAGCUGUUGAGACAGGCCCGACAGCUCCUCCUCGAGACCCAAAGAAGAAAAGCAAGAGGGAGAAGAGCCCCAAAGCCCAAGGGCCUGACUACAGCCUGCCUAGGAUCAGGGACAGUAUCACACCUGAAAGGGACUUCACCAGUACCACUGAUGCCAUGACUGUCUCAAGCAUCAGAGAGGCUGUAGAUGCCUCCAAAGAGCCAGCUGCUGAUGGCAAGCUGAAAAAAGAAAAGAAGAAAGAUAAGAAAGAAAAGAGCCCAAGUCCUCCAGGCCCUGAUUACACUUUGCCCAGAUUGAGGGAUACGUACACCCCGUCCGACAGUGCAACUGCAGCAGGUUAUGCUGGAAGUACAUUGCCUGAGGAAGAUGUGACACCUAAGAAAGAUAUUGCAAAAACAUCCUCUUUCAAAAGAAGGAGCAAAGAGCGUUCCUUGUCUCCUGACCUAACCAGAACUGGGGAAAAUGGGUCACUUGGAGCAGAUUUUUCAAUAGAGGAACAGGAGAAGCGAGUACAAAAAAGUCCUGAAGGUAACCUUGUAGAGAAAGUGGAGAAAAUUGUAAAAGAAACUCCUGGAAAAAUUGUUGAAAUAGUCCAUAUUAAGCGACAAAGAAGCAGUAAAAGUCCAGAGGGGACAGGCAGCUCUGGAGAUAAAGAUAAAAAGAGGCUUCCUAGUUUUGAAGUUGAGAUUCCUGACACAAGUGAUGCUGAAAAGCAUAAAGAACAAAAAGAAGCAAGUCCACUAAAGCAGAGAAAGAAAGACCUAAAAGAAGUUACAGAGCCUGUUGACAAAGAUGUUGAGCUUUCUGUCUCCGACGGCAAAUCACAGGAUACUGGUUUCCUUUCAAAAAUGGCUAAGCUCCCUAAAAAAAUGUUUCCACGUAGUGGUAAAGCUAGUGCUUCAGAUGAAGAGCCAUCAUCAAUUUCCGAAAGCAGUCCUAUUGCUAAAAAGAAGUCUGGAAAGCUUCCAAAGUCUGCCACUUUGCCAAAAGCCAGUGAAAAGCCGUCAAAGAAGCCCUUACAUGAAAUAAAAAGUGUGGAUGUAGAAGUAGGCACAUCUAAAUUUACUUCAAAAGGGUCAAAAGAUGCACUAGCAAAGGACGGGGAAGACUUAGAAACAAGCACGGGUGACAUAGUUAAAGAAUCAGAUGGUAGAUUCUUUGCGAGAAUGGCCAAAAUUCCAAAGAAAAUGUUUCCACGCAGUUCAAAGACUAGUUCAUCAGAAGAUGAACCUUCUUCAGCGAGUGAAAGUCUUCCUUCCUCAAAACAAAAAGCCAAAAAGGAGCCAAAAUUGGAUGCUACAUUGAAGAAAAAAGAAAAAGGCAUUAAGAUCAAACAGGACGAUACUCAAACACUGCCGGCUUCCAUUGAUGUAGAUAUUAGCAGCCGUACGUCAUUGCCCUCCGGGGUGGAUAUUGGUAUUAAAAAGGUAGGCAAACCAGAAUUACCAGAUAUUGAAAUAAAGAAAAAGAGUAAAGGUAUUAAAACAUCGUUUCCUUCUGGUGUAGAAGUGGCUGGUUCUGUUGAAGAGCCCAUGAUAGAUAUUGACAUUAGCGGAAUCAAGUCACAGCCAAAAGAAUUGGAGGUUACUGUUGAUGGAAAGCAUCCAGAUAUCCAUUCAGAUGUUGAGCUUUCACUCACUUCAAAGGAAACCACUCUUGAAUGGCCAGAUAAAGCAGAAGGCACUAUUGAAACAAGUACCCCUGAGCAUGGCAAACCAACAAAGAGUGGUUUCAUGACAAAAAUGGCUAAAUUUCCUAAAAAAAUGUUUCCUCAUGGUUUCAAAGGUGAUGUUUCAGUGGAAGAGCCAUCAAUAUCAGCUGAAAGUAUCCAUGUUUCUGUUCCUGAAACACAGCUUACACUAGACACAGAUAAAGAGGUAAUGGUAUCUGACACACUGCCAAAAGAACUUGCGGCCAGUGUACCUGAAGGUGUAGAGGGGAGCAUUGAGCUGAGUGCUCAAGACCCAUCUAUGUCAUCCGAGAAAGGCUUCAUCUCUAAGGUGACUAGGCUACCAAGAAAGAUUUUCUCACAUGAUUCCAAGGAUGGUGUUUCAGUAGAAGGACCAUCAGUUGCUAUGAAAGGCAUUGACAUUGAGUUCUCGCAGCCAGAACUACAGAUAGAAACAAGAGGUAAAGGCUUUGAAGUGCCUGAAACAAUAGUCGAUAUCACAUUGCCCACAAAGAAAGGGACACCAAAUCUACCUGACAGACCCGAAGGACAUAUUGAUGCAAGCUUGGACACGCUGGGCAAAUCGGCUGAAUAUGACGUCAUGUCUAAAAUGACAACAAUGCCAAAGAAGUUGCUUCCUGAGGAUGCAAAAGUUCAAGCACCUCAGGGCUUGUCAGCACAACCCCUGGAUGUUCAUGGUAGUAUUCCAAAGGCAGGAAGUAAUCUGGAUAUAAAGGCGAACAUUCCAGAUGAGCCUCAAGCAGAUUUUGAUACUCUGCCUGGAAAAGGAGUUUCUGUGGAGAUACCAGAGAGUAUUGGAGGCAGGGUGGAGAUAUCACAUCCUGGUGUCCCUAAGCCAUCAGAUGGAGGCUUUAUGGCAAAGAUGGCUAAAUUACCCAAGAAAAUUUUUCCUCAUGGUUCUAAAGGAAGUGUUUCAAUUGAAGCACCAGAAGCAAUCAGUGGAGCUCAGAUAAAGGCUCCUGAAGCUCAGCUUAAAGUGGAUGUAAAAGGUCCUGAAAGACCAGAAUUAGAAGCUGAAAUUGGACUUCCCGAUAAAGAAGUGGCUAUGGACUUUCCUGAAGGUACAGAAGCAAAAGUUGCAAUGUCGACUCCAGAAAUUGGCAAAAUAUCUGACGAUAGCUUCGUGUCGAAGAUGGGCAAGAUUCCAAAGAAAAUAUUUCCUCAUGGCUCAAAGGCAAGUAGUAUCUCUGUGGAAGGGGCACCAGAGGUCGGUGAUGUUCAUGCUAAAAUGCCUGAAGCUCACCUGAAAAUGGAUGUGAGAGGUAUUGAAAAGCCAGUCCUUGAAGCUGAUAUUGGAAUGCCAGAUAAAAGUGUGGGAAUUGAUUUGCCAGAAGGUAUUGAGGGAAAAGUUGAAAUAUCUGGUCCAGAAAUAGGUAAACCAUCAGAUGGUGGCUUUAUGUCAAAGAUGGCAAAACUUCCUAAGAAAAUGUUUCCUCAUGGCUCAAAGGAAGGUAGUAUCUCUGUGGAAGGGGCACCAGAGGUCGGUGAUGUUCAUGCUAAAAUGCCUGAAGCUCACCUGAAAAUGGAUGUGAGAGGUAUUGAAAAGCCAGUCCUUGAAGCUGAUAUUGGAAUGCCAGAUAAAAGUGUGGGUAUUGAUUUGCCAGAAGGUAUUGAGGGAAAAGUUGAAAUAUCUGGUCCAGAAAUAGGUAAACCAUCAGAUGGCAGCUUUAUGUCAAAAAUGGCGAAACUUCCUAAGAAAAUGUUUUCUCAUGGCUCCAAGGGAAGCGUAUCUCUUGGAGAGGCACCAGAAGUUGCUAGUGGUGUUCAGGUGAAAUUGCCUGAAACUCGCCUAAAGGUGGAUUCAAAAAGUCAUGAAAGGCCUGAGUUAGACGUGGAUGUUUCAUUGCCUGAAGUGUCUGCAGGUGUACCUGAGGGUAGUGAAGGAAAACUCGGAAUAACAACUCCAGAACUUGGGAAGCCAGCAGGCAGUGGAUUUAUGAUAAAGAUGGACAAUGUUUCCCAAAAAAUGCUUUUGCAUAGCCCUAAGGGAAAGGAUUCCAUUGAAUAUGCCUCUGGAUUGGUUGGGGAUGCUGAAGUAAAUGUGCCUGAAGCUGAUUUGGUAGUGGAUGUAGAAGGUUCAGGAAAGAUUGAAAGUGAUGUUUUGAAAGGGAAAAAGCUCGCUGUGGAUUUAACAGGGGGUAUUGGAGGAGAUUCUGAAAUAGCUGUUGCAGAGGUAGAGAAGCCUUCAGAUAGUGGGUUCAUGUCAAAGAUGGCUAAAUUUCCCAAAAAGAUGUUUCCUCACAGCUCUAAGGGAGAAGUGUCUCUUGAAGGUGCUCCAGAACUUGUCAGUGAUGUCCCAGCUGAAUUACCGGAAGCUCACGUAAAGUUGCACGUGAAAGAUAAAAAGCCUGUAGCAGAAGAAGGCAUUUUGUUGCCUGAGAGUGAAGUUACUUUGGACUUGGCAGGUGGCAUUGAAGGGAAAGUUGAAGUAACGUCAGAAGUUGGCAAGUCAUCAGAUGCAGGUUUUGUGUCAAAAAUCUCUAAGUUGCCUAAAAAGCUGCUCCCUCAUGGUAAAAAGGCUGGGACUUCCUUUGAAGAGCCUAUAGUAACUGCUGAAGGUGCUCAUGUUGACAUACCUCAACCUGAAGCAACCCUGAAGAUAGAAGCCAAGCUUCCAACAAAACCAGAAGCAAGCGCAGAUAUUACGAUUCCUGCAAAGGAUGGUUCUGCAGGCACUUCAGAAAGUGUUGCAGGAAAGUUGGAAAUCGAUGUUUCAGAAACUGGGAAAGCAUCCGAUAAAGGUUUCAUGUCAAAAAUGGCCAAGUUUCCCAAGAAAAUAUUUCACCAUAGUCCUAAGAGUAGUGGUUCAACAGAUGAGCAUUCCACAGCAGCUGAGUCUACUGACAUCAAGAUGCCUGACGUGGGAGUGGAGCUGCAGACCCAUGUAAAGACCACCAAAAAGCCAGAAGCAGAUGUCAGUGUUUCUCUUUAUGAAAAGGAAGUUACUGUGCAGCUGCCAGAAGGGAGCAAAGGAGUGAUUGAAAUAAGCACCCCAAAGCUAGUUGGGGAGCACGUUCCUGAUGGGGCUACUCAAGGUGCUGAAAUUGCGCUGCCAGGAAUGGAGCUGCCCACUAUGGAAAGACAGGAAACUAAGGAAACCCCUGGUGGUGUUGUUGAAGUCAUCGAAGUGACCACUCACGAAGUUUCAAAGCCAUCAAGCCCUGGUCUCCUGUCAAAAGUGUCGAAGAUUCCCAAGAAGAUAUUUCCACGUGGCUCAAAGUCAAAGAGUUCGGAUGAAGAGUCACCAUCAACACCAAAACGAGAGUUGAAGGAAACCCCAGGCGGCAUUGUUGAAGUCAUUGAAGUUACAAAACAUGAUGUUGCCAAAGCUCCUGAACUUAAGCACAUGGAGCAAGAUGGCACAAAAGUAUUCCAGCCAGCAUCACCCAAAACUGUGGCUAGUAGCAUAGAAGGAUUUCCACCAACACAUAUGACACGAGAGAUAAAAGAAGUACCUGGUGGUGUUGUGGAAGUUGUCAGAGUUACAAAGCAUGUUGUUGGUAAACUUCCUGAAGACAAGCAUUCCGGUGAAUCGUGUACAAGAACUGUGGAUCCCGCCAUCCCAUGGGAAGCAGAGCUAGCCAAGGAUCCAUCAGCUGUAGUUAAGCGAGAAGUGAAAGAGACUCCAGAAGGCCAUGUUGAAGUGGUGCAGGUCAUCAGAAGGGAAGCUGGGGAUGCACCCUUUGUCUCUGACUUUCCUGGAGAUGGGUCAGAUGGAACUGUUUCUCGAAGGAUUGAAACUACUGUUGUUGAUGGUAAACCAACCAUUAUCAGGCGACUAGUGACAACAACAUCUGAUGGUAUUCAGCAAGUCACGGAGCACAUUGAGCAAGGGGCUGAAGAACUUGGAAGUACAGCAAGCAGCUUAUUUGCAAAAAUGGGUGAAUUCGCAAGAGGCUUAUCUAGUGACGAUCCAUCAGCUGUGACAACACGAGAAGUAAAAAAACUUCCGGAUGGUUCUGUUGAAGUUGUGUCAAUUACAAAGCGCUCUAGUUCUUCACCAGGGAAAGAAACUGCUUCCACAGAGCACCUGCCGUCAAGCCCCUCAGGCUCCAUGCACUUUGCAGAAAGUGCAGCUGGAAAGCCAACGGAGGCAAAGACAGCCAUUCUUAAAAGAGAGAUUUCUGGACCAGAGACGAUUGUAUGCACCACAUCAGUUGUGACAUCAGCCACAACAUCAGGCUCAUCAAAGCCAGAACUCUCGGCUGAUAUUCUUGACAAGAUGUUUGGUGACAUAGGCAAGCCUAAAGUGGACGAUCGGCUCAAGGAUGUUCUUACUGCAGAAGGAGGCUAUGGAGCCAAAAGAGAAGUUACACCCGAAGAAGCAGAGCUUUUGGCGCAACUUUUCCCUGAGCAGUCAUCAGGGGUGGCUCCAUACCCUCCUGCUGGCUUAGUUCCUGAGGCUGCGAUCAUUCCAGAAUAUCGAUCUAUGAUGGCAACUGAAGGUCCACCUCUAUCACCUCACGACCCUGAGACCAAGGAAAAAGUGUUGCUGAAGUUGGGGCGGGCACUCAGCCAGGAUGACCUGGAUGCACCAUCUCCAACCCGAGGGGAAGCAGCCAUGACGGUCGCAGGACUGGGUGAAGCAGUGGACGCAUCUGAUCAAGUUGAAGAGCCAGUGGUCGAGAAACUUGAAUUGGCACGUCGCGAAAGCAAGCGCUACAGCCAAGAGUUUGAACAAGAUGAACCAUUACCAAAGGCAAUGGGAUUGAAGACAAAGCCUUCAGAAGAAACAGUUGUGAGCUCCACACAGGUGAAGGGCAUUCAUGACAAUGGCACCGUUAAGCACACAGUCACUACAGUCACGAAGACCACUAUCAUUCAAGAAGUAGAAGAGCCCGCUGGAGCCCCUCGGCCUGGAGAGUCUGAAACAUGGGCAUCAGAUCUGGACACCAGCCAAGUUUCAGUAUCUAGCCUCCCAGAGGAUGAGCGGACAGAACCAACAUUAUCAAGUAGCACCACCACUGCCACAGCUGACGCGGAGGCCCUAUCAGGACCCCUUGCUCGCACCCAGGUGGAAGAGAAAGAAUGGACUGAAACUGACCCAGAUUCAGGAGAAGUGCGCCACAUUAUUAGCAAGACAACACACACUACUGUGACGUCAGUGAAACCGGGUGAAGGUGCACCUAGGGGCGACACCAUGUCCACCAGCGUAAGUCAGUCAUCUAAAGGCGGCCAUGGUGGCUCAGCAGCCAGUGCACCUUCAAGUCACAAUGAAGCAGAGUCUCUCACAUUCUGCCAGAAGAAAGAGUUUUUUGAGAAGCUAUCUGAACAGUCACCACUGCAGGAAACCUUUAGUUCAAGAUUGGGGAGCACACCAUCUUUGGACACAGCACUGACACGACCUGUCGUGACUGUCAAGCCACGACCUCGCUCAGAGAGCCUUACGUCACAGGGAGAAAUUAUUGAAGAAAACAUAGUUUUUGCGGAACGGUUAAGACUAUUUCAAAAUGGGGCCCAGGCAAGCUCAUCGCCAGGUGCCAGCCUGCCCCAUCUUGACUUAAUGGAUCAAAGGCGUCAGAGUAGAGACCAAAGGCUGCAAGGUUUACCAGAAAUGACUGAUUCAUUGCAGCAGCAAUCUUCAGAAGUGUUGGCAGGCCUGCAGGAUACUUAUGGAAAGAGUGACACACGGUUGCUUGUGCACACAAGUGAUGCUGAUAAGGAGGCUUUUGAUGUGUGUUCUGUGCAGUCGUCUGAAGACGUUGGCGAUCAGCAGUUCUCUCGAAUGAGAGUGCGAAUGCCAGCUACUGAAGAAUGUGUUAGCGAAACACUCAUAUCUAGCUGUGACCUACCUGGAGAGAAACCUUCACCUCUGCGUGAUGCUUACAAAGAUUCCUUAACACCUCAACAAGAAGGUAGCCAUACUGAGCGCGACGCAGCAGUGGCCGAGUCGUCCCAUGCGCCAUCGGCGGCUGCCGACCCGGCGACGUCGGCAGGGCGCAGCGCGGGGGGUCGGGAGCGCUCACCACUUCUCGAGGCUUCUCCACCUGAAGAGACCGCCUACUCUCCUGCGCAAGACAUAUCGCCUGCUCAAGAGUAUCCGGAGUACUUGACACCAGAUAUGCAAGUGCGCGUCGGUGUGUCACCGACUGAGGCACAGCCAGCCAAAGAGAAGCCAGUCCGGUACUCUGAGUCGUCGGUGGAGUCGUCUUCUGAAGUAGGAUCGCCGUGUCCGCCAAGCCAAGGAGGAACCGCUAUGGCUUUUGAGAAUGUCGCCUUUGCCGGUGAAGAUGUUAUCGACGCCACUUCAUCGCCGGUGGAAGAAUCGUCGAGCCCGACGGGCAGCCGGAGUCCGUACGAAGUUGUUCGUGACGCACCUACCGAGGAAACUGCGGAAGCUGCACUUUUAAAAGCAGAGAAGAGCCUGCAUCAUGUCGUGCAAGAAGUCCGCCCUCGUCCGCAGUCGCUGGUGGCUGAAGAAUGCAGCGAACAAAUAGAGCAGCAGGUUAAGCCCACCAUCUUCAAUGAAGCGUUUGAUCAUUCACCCAAAGAAAUUGCCCCAGAGAAAAAGGAAUUGUCAGAGGGGCUUCUUGGUGUUGGUCUUCUCACAGUGUCGGACAUGACUGCCCGAACACCUGAAUCGCGCCGUGGGGACAGUGACGAAGACGAAGAAGAAUGGGCCGAUCAUGUGAUGUCGAAGAUUCGGGGCCGACCGAUACCACCUACUCCUCCGGCCUCUCCACGAGCUGUGCAGAGUGUUGAAGUACACGAUGAAAAGGUCACUUGGGAAGCAUCUGCUGCAGAACAGGAGGAAGUACACAUAAACUUAGUCUCUGACAUGACAGCUAACGAAGAAACUGUAGUAAAGAUUGACGAAAGUGCUGCCAUAGACGAUGAUAGCACAUCACAGCCACAACUCCAAGAAGUGAUACGUUCUACUGAUGGCAAGCGACCUCAAUUGGAGCAUAUUCCUUCUGAAAUAUCAGACGAGGAUCUCGUGGAAAGAGAGCAGUCCCCAACGCAUAUCACGGCAACAUGUCGAGGAGACAGGAAAGACUCAUCCUCUGACCGCAAUUCAUCCCCAGAUAGCGAUGGUCCUAAGGCAUGUGGAUCACACCGUCGGUCAGCCUCUGGAGUUGGUGCUAUUGUUCUUGAAAGUGGUGAGACUCAGAAAGGCGAUAGUAGUGACAAAUACUCACAAGAGAGUAGGGACCAAGGCGCCCAGGAACUUGAAGACAAGAUCACUGAAGAACCUGAAUGUGACAUGUUUGUGAUAGAAGAGGAGGCUCUCGUGGAGUCUAGCAGAACUGGUCUUUCGUACGAUGACGGAAAUGAAACAGGUACGCGCGCUGCUGGAACACUUUCUCCAGACUUGGACUCGCCACCGAAGAAGAAAGACGGGGACGAUGGAUCAAGCAGUGGAAAACUAGACGCCGCCUCUCCUGUCGUGCUAAGGUCCAAAUCCAAGAGAACAGAGAAGAAAAGUGAAAAAAGGUCGUCGCGGGACAUGGACACUGGUCAUUCCGGGUCUGAAACUGACCACAGCCACUAUUAUUCUUUUGAAAUGACGUCAGAUUCUGGUAAAACACCUGGCGCUAGUCGACCAACGUCGUCCGAGUUUGAUGUAAACAUACUAAGUGGGCAAGCCUCCUCAGAGUACGAGACGUGUGCAACAUCGCAAGACGGCGAAGUGUCUGGAUCUUACGCUACCGCAGCAGCAUCAUCUCACGACACAUCCUUCGCGACGGCGCGUUCGUCUUUGAGUGGGAGUUCGCGUGGCUCUGCUUAUUCCGUCGACUCCGAGAGCUCUGGACAUCUAGGAAGCAUGGAGGUUUCCGAAGCAAGCGAAACUAUUGUUGCAUCUGCGCAUGAAGAAUUCGAUUCUGACAAUGAAUCGGAACGAUCAAAAUCUGUCCUUCGGGAACCUUACGAUGGAGAAAUACCUGAAUCGGUGAUCCGCGGCGGAGUGGAGCAUCCGUUCUUGCCUAGCUGGCAGCCAGUUGCUAAAGAGGCAGCUCCAAAGCUCCAUGCGCCUGUCGGUGCCCGACCAUCGUCUUCUGAAGCUGCCUUAAGCCAAGUUCACAGUGCAGUACCAGCAGAACCAGGGCGUAGCUGCACUGGAUGGCCGUCUGCCAGCUCGUCCAAUGCUCCAGGCGACACCAGUAGAAGUACGUCCAAGGCAGAAAUUUUGAACGGAACGGGUUCCUCAGCAUCGCUUGACGGACAGCGUAGGCUUCGUCAUAAUGAUGACUAUAUGGCAAGCAGCCACGAAGAAGAACAACUCUCAGUGUCGGAAAGCUCGGCCACGCAGAGCGAGCACACGUGGCAGACUAGCGUAGAGACCAUGGUAGAUGCGGUGGAGGCGCAGCGCCUUUCUUGUGAGAGGGAACGUAAUCACCGACAGUCAACAAUUCAAAACUCUGUUUCAUUGCCCUUUGACGAUGUGGUGGCUGAAGGCGCAGAAGCUGACCGCAACACUGGCGAUGAUCGUGCCACUCCCCCGUUUCAGGAAGUAAACGGCCCUGUGGAAGUGGAAUACAUGCCAGAGUACGACGACCUUUCUGCUCGGACUCUGCGAUCCGUUCUAGAGCAGAAUGUUCCUGAAGGUCAAAUGGAGGUGCAGGGUGCAGUCGCGACACCUGAAGCAUCACACGAUGAGGGCCUUGAAGUGUCUUCUAGCCGUGAGCUUGAUGAACAGGAAGAUAGCACGGAACUAAGGGAGGAAGGCUUCUAUGCAGAAACGUUCCAGGGUGAUCUGUCGUCUGAAGAAGUAGAAAGUGCGGCAGACGCAGGAUUGCUGCAGGGUAGAUCUGCCUGCUCCUCCAAUGCAUACUGUGAUAAAGUGACCAGACACCUUGACUCAAGCGUGCGUUGUGAAGUAAAAAACAUUUCUUUAACGGAACCUUUUGAUCGUCCAGCCACACCAGAACCUGUAGACGAAGUAGAUGGCGAAGAUCACAAAGUUAACACCUCACAAAGGCACUUCAGUGAUGACAAUGGUGACAUGUUCAGACAUGUUUGCGCUGGGACACCGAUGUGUAAUGAUAAAACAGAAAUUAAGCAGGACUGCCCUGAAGACGAUCGCUGCAACUUCUUGGCCGGCUCAGGAAGUUACUCAAUCCAAGACCAGCCUCGUUCCGAAAGUGCGUCGUCUAGUCCUGGAAGGGAUACAGCCGAUGACGUCAAGCUGUACACUAGCAAAUGUGAAGACUAUAUCCUCCAGAUGCAUCAGACUUACAAGUACGGUGUUGGUCUUUCAAAUACAUCGGAUGGGAGCUCUUAUCUUCCAGAGGAAGGUAUGGAUGUGGAAAACGUCAAACUGUUAGCCAGUCGACUGCAGGAAGGAAAUGGAAGCCAACAGGACUUUCCAUACGAUUUAUCCUACGAGCAUGAAUACGUCGGAGACGUCAGAGCAGAACACGGUGACCUAUAUACGCACCAAGAAGUAGAGGAGGAAGCAUAUGACGACGAGCGUACUCGCAUGCGUGGUAGAAGGCGUCUUAGCCCAAUAUCAGAUGAACGUGGUUCCACACCUGAUUACGAUACCCUUGGUGGACGCAAGACAUUUGGGAAAGGUAGCGAAAAGGACGAUGCCUCCACCUCCUCUUUGAUGGAAUUUGAGAGACUUGAAGCUGAGAUGGCAUCAGGCGCAAAAUCAUCGAGCGUCGGAUCUAGUGAUUCAUUCAGUGGUCGUCAGCAUCAAAUCCGCAAUGGUACAGGCAGCGAGCAAGACAGUGUAUCUGUAAACUCGCUUACGGAAUUUGAACGGCUUGAAAAGGAAAUAGUCGAAGCUGAAGGUGUAGACACCCGGCUACGUGGAGAAGCUGUACCAAAACUUGAUGAAAUCGACGAGGGUCACGAAAGCCAAGCCUCUGACCCAGGGCACGAAACUACUGUGUACGAUGAGAAUGGCAUAACUUUAUUGCGAGAAGCAGCUGCAGACAGUGGUGUUAAGGAUGAAUAUGAUGGAAAGGGUGAUGACACGCAUUUGGAGGAAAUUCUAACGUCAAACGAGCAAGAAGUUGCUUUGUCCAGAACAGAAAGACACUUUUUAACUACACGGACUGAAAGCGGCCACUCGGUUGACAGCGUUGAUAGACAAAGCUCUGCGUCUACUGCAACGCAGUUUGACGCCGACUCCUUGCGGGACAGGGAAAUUGACGAUUCUGAAUCGAAUUUCGGCCCUGAUACUCCUGGUUGGACACAAAAAGAGUGCACUGACUUGGACUCGUUGCACGAUUCACUUCACGACUCCGAACGCUAUGAUUCGCUUCAGGAGGCUUUAAGUAAAGAUAAGGAUUCAUUGCAACUAAGAGAACCAUCUGCUGAGGCUGACUCCCUGCAGGAUGAUUGCAAUGAACUGCAAGAUUCCUUGUAUGAAGCUCGUGACAUUGAAUGGGACUCAGUUCGAACCGAAGAUGAUCCUUCUCACAAUUGGCACCAAUUCUCAAGCCAGAUUCGCACAACAGAACUAUCGCCAACAUUAUCUCGACCUGCAUCUUCGCCACUUGUUGUUCCAGUGGUUGUGGAACGUAUUGACACGCUCACAUGGGUUGACCAAGACCCGACAAAGGCUUUUAUUGCGGAUGAAGAGUCACUAGAUCGACCUCAAGACCGUCCGCGAACUGACGCGCUUGUCUCAAGCACCGACUCCUUGGAGCCUAGUAGCUCUGCUAAUACUCAUGCGACGUACCAGUGUGAUACUGAUUCAAUGAUGUCUAGCCUCAAUUCUGCCGAAGAAUCGACCAUGGUUUCCAGCACAGACACAUUGGACCAUGAAGCAUUACAUUUUGCCUCUUCAGGCAAGCCAUUGCACCUUGAGAGCAGCCUGCAAAUGGAAGGAGACAUCACAGAUGAACACUUGGAUUAUGCGACUACAGAUCCUAGUCAAAAUAAGCAAAGGCCGGCCGUAGGAGACAGAUCAGCCGAUGACAUCGAGGAGCGCUUUCGGGAAUGCUUGCUGCGUUCAGCCGCUUCACCAACAGAUGAAGAGCAAGUCGAGGAGCGCCAAACGAUUGAUGAAAAAGGAAACUUAAUCGUCACACGGACUGUGAAACGGCACGUAACAUCGGAGCCGCGACUGCACGCGCAGACUUUUGCAGGUCCAGACGCUGAGCAGCGAAGCCGCGAGUUUGUCGCUUCGUUCUCUUCCAUCGAACCGUCAUCAGAAAAGGACGAAUGUGAAGGUUUUGACGCGGCUGGUAACGCAGUCCGCGUGACGCAGCAUGUGCUAGUGAGGCCCAUAGUGAAGACUGUCACGUUCACAGGCCCAGACGCGCAGCUGCAGAUGCGAGAGUACAUGCGCAACCUGGCUGGCGGCCAACAGUCGUCGGCGGAGAACACACCAACGUCUGACUCCGGUGUUGGCGUCUGCUCAUCGCUGGCCAGCCCUCCGCCCUUAGUGCCCGACCCCCCCGCAACAGCGCCCUCGUCUGCUUGCCCUGGGCUUCAACGCUUGUCAGGCGGGGACCAUUGGAUGGAAGCAGAGUCAGCUUUGGAUGACUCUUCGCGACCAGUCACUGCUACUCGCGUCAUCACGACGCGCACUACGCGCACCGUGGGUCCCGACGGCCGAGAACAGCUGGUGACAACUACGACCGAGGAGGGGGCUGGUGGCGACGAGCCAGAGUUGCGCCUGCGCCGCAGCAUGCAGGGGGUCCUGGAUAGCUUCAUGGCGGACCCAUCUGCACCUCCACCGCAUUCUGACGAGGAGUGAAGUCCCCGCCGGCGUGCCGCACAUCUUCGCUCUCUGUAACCCCGUAGCACACAUCGUACAGAAAGUCUUGUUUUGCACACGGGCCGCCGCUUCGCAGAAUCGCGUUCCCCAGUAUAUCUCGUGGCCGACUCUUCUGCCGCAUUUGGCCUAAUGUGCUUUCUUCAGAUGCGGAAAGAACGGACCGCUCGCCCCGAUAUAUUCGCUUGUAGGCCGGUUCUCACUGCCUCCGGUAACGAUGCUGUGGGACAGCGUCACGUUUACCUCUUCUCAUCGCUUGUCGCGCUGUGACUCGACGACGUCUCACUAUUGGCGUUUGACUCAUCGGCACCAACUCAGUUACUGAUUCAGUGUUUCGAACUCCCUGAUGUCGGUAUUCAUGGACAUUGUCGACGCUGUCAUUUGGAGCCUCGCAGCGUCUUACGUUUGCUUGUUUGCGUCGCAUUAGGAAUGCGAAGCGCCGUCUCGAAGCAGUGCAGUAUGCUAGGCGUCAUCGUACUACGUGCACUUCAUCGUUCUUUUCUCGCCGGGGUGGGGCGAUCAUGUUCUGUCGUUGUGGUGGUUUAGGUUUUCAGCACCAACAUGCGCUUAGGGCUGUGACGUGCUUGACCCUUCGCGCUAUUUUUUUGUUGUUCCUGGUGCGUCGUGUACGUAAAAGUUAGGGCGACUGGGCACCGUGCGCGACGUGGGUUGCCCACGUCUGGCUCUCAUUAUGUGCGAGCUCUGUCUGGUGCACGUGGCGACGCUAGCGCAGCGCUUUUAAGGCACAGAAACACAGUGCAGUCUGCGGCUUUUCAUGGCCUUUACUUGUGGAGCGCCGCGUGCAGUUCACGCUUGAGCGAUAGGGGAUUUACCACACUGUUUAUGUAAUCUCACGUGCAUGUUCUUGGCUUUCAAUAAAACGCAUUUUGGCUUA